AUGGAUGAUCCAAUGUGCCCCUCCAAAGACUCGUCGGUCCUAUCAAAAACAGCGAAUUGGAUAUCCAAACCUGCGUCGUCGGAUUUUCUUCCGAAGAACUGCAUUACAGAUUUACCAGUCGUUAUCAGGUGGACAAGUAAUGGUUCAGCUCACUUUAUCGGUGCAGACCAUCACCAACUCCGAAUGAAUAUACAACUUGGUACAGACGAAAACCCGAAUUGCUCUUUUGGUUCAGCAUAUCAGUUUCAGUUAGCGCGCACCCUGAAUCCUCUCAUAUACGUAAAAAGUCUCUCUACUUCGUUGUUAAAGGCAGUUUGA